GUGUGUAAGAGAGAGGGAGAGUCCUCCCAGCACAGUCUAAUCAGUGUUUCUGUCUCCUUCUUGCUAUGUGGAUUACAGCUUGCACUGCUUAUUGGAUUCCCCUUCUCAUUACUGGAAACUAAUGCUGAACCAUCUCAGAGGAUUUAUAUUGGAGUAUUGAGAGUUUUGACAGUACUUACAUUAAUACCAAGUGUUAGGUGGAUUUUUGUACUUUAAGUCAAACUGCUGUAGAUGAGUAUGGAGAUGAACGGUCGUGCCCUGCCGCCGUCAAUACCUGAGGAUAGGGAAGUCCUGGACCAUGUUCCUCAUGGGGAGAUGAACGGUUACCACCAAAGGCUUCAGGGUGGGGACGGUGGAGAGGCUGAAGUCCCAGUGUCCAAGUCCCAAAGACGGAAGAGCGAUGUUAAAGUCUAUAAGGAGUUUUGUGAUUUUUACGCCCGCUUCAACAUGGCCAACGCUCUGGCCAAUGCCAUGUGCGAGCGCUGUAAGAGUGGCUUUGCCCCGGCAGAGAAGAUAGUGAACAGUAACGGGGAACUUUACCAUGAGCAGUGCUUUGUGUGUGCCCAGUGUUUCCAGCAGUUCCCGGAGGGACUCUUCUAUGAGUUUGAAGGCAGGAAAUACUGUGAACAUGACUUCCAGAUGCUGUUUGCUCCCUGCUGCCACCAGUGUGGUGAAUUCAUCAUUGGCCGUGUGAUCAAGGCCAUGAACAACAGCUGGCAUCCGGACUGUUUCUGCUGUGAUAUCUGCCAGGCCGUGCUAGCUGACGUUGGUUUUGUAAAGAAUGCUGGAAGGCACCUGUGUCGUCCAUGUCACAACAGAGAGAAAGCUCGGGGCCUUGGCAAGUACAUCUGUCAGAAGUGUCACGCUAUUAUUGACGAGCAGCCUUUGCUGUUCAAGAAUGACCCGUACCAUCCUGAUCACUUCAACUGCAAUAACUGCGGUAAAGAGCUUACUGCUGAUGCCAGGGAGCUGAAGGGGGAGCUGUACUGCCUGCCCUGCCAUGACAAGAUGGGCGUCCCCAUCUGCGGGGCCUGUAGGAGACCCAUCGAGGGACGUGUGGUCAAUGCCAUGGGCAAGCAGUGGCACGUUGAGCACCAUGUGUGCACUGUGUGUGAGCGCCCAUUUCAGGGCCACCCAUUUUAUGAGCGAGGUGGUCGUGCCUAUUGUGAGAGACACUUUGACAUGUUGUUUGGAGAUGUUUGCUACCACUGCAAUCGUGUCAUUGAAGGAGAUGUGGUGUCUGCUCUUAACAAGGCUUGGUGUGUCAACUGUUUUGCCUGCUCUACCUGCAACACCAAGCUGACCCUCAAGAACAAGUUUGUGGAGUUUGACAUGAAGCCAGUAUGUAAGAAGUGCUAUGAGAAAUUCCCUCUCGAGCUGAAGAAGAGACUGAAGAAGCUGUCUGAAACUGUUGCACGGAAGUAAACGCACAGUCGAGCUGCAGGGGGGAGUGAAAGGCGAGACCCUGAGGUGGCCAUGCGUGAAAGAAGUCACAUUUCCAGAAUUGACAAUCAUGUGAGAUAGAACAUUGUGCAUUUUAUAUCAUUACUUUUAAAUAUAGGUCAGUUAUUUCAGUGGAACGCUCCACUUUUUGUCCUUUCAGGUACAGCUGCAAAGCACUGAGGUUCACUUCAUGAGCCUGAAACUGACAGUCAGAUUGUUUGUCAGUCAGUCAGCAGGUUCGACCUGUUCGGCUCCUUUUGGCUCAGAUACUGCACUGUACGUUUCUCAUAUGGUUGCCUUAUUUCACUGCUACACUGCUAUAUGCUAAUUACAUAUAUGUACACACAGUCUAUACGAUAUAAAUACAAAAACAUACACUAUGAUAGUCCUGUAUUUAAUAAUAAAAUGAGCUUUAAGAGAACAUUGAAACAUGAGGAUAAUAUAAUUACUUAAAAGCUGUGUUGUUCAUCCGUUUGCCAGCUUGUCUCCUGAUGCCAAAAAAUCUGCCUCCUGUUUGACUUACAGUUACUAGUACUCUUGUAGAAUAUUAGAGUAAACCCAAACAGAGCUGGGAAAAAAAAUGCAGUUUUUUCUGAAUGUGUAUAUAAUAUCUGAUAUUUCAUGUUUUCCACCAACUUGUAUUAUUUUAUGUAUUACUAAUGUUUAUUUUCUGUAACAUUAUGCAAAAUAAGUUUGUGUUUAGCUUUAUAAUAUUAGAAUUUUUUUUGCAUCAGCAGUUUACUUAUACCAUAUUGUUCCCUCCUUAGUGCUACAGUGGUGGACUCAACCAUCACCUGCAGUAAGCUGGAUUGCCUUGUUACGUACUAUGCAUUUUAUGUGUGGAACAAUCUCUAUGCAAAGUGGUAUUUACACUGAGUUACCAGUUUAUUAGGAUAAUUUGUACAAUUGAAAAUAAUCCAGUAUAACCACCCUGAAAUAAAACUCAACUUAAUAAUGUUCAGCUUUUGUCCUAUCUACCCUCAUUUACACUAAAUACAUGAGUGAUAGAAUAUUAGAAAUACCUUUCAAAGUAAUGCACUCCAGUGCAGCUUCACAGUGACAGGUUUUAUUGCAUGACAUCUGUUAACUGUGUGUGUGUUACAACAUGACGGCUUGUAGCAUGUGCAGAGACCGGAUGUGGGAGUAAUGUUAGAUGUUAGAGCAUGUGUCUCUGCUGAUCCUCUUAGGGAGGUAUACCGACUUCCUCUGGGGCUCAGACCCUCUUAGGAAAGAAAAUCACUUGUUGUGAAUGGGAAAGAACAAUUUCCGUUUUUCAGUGUUUCACUCGAGCAGUAUUUUAUCAUAGAAAGCUUAUCUUUUACAUAAUAGUUUGAUAGAAAGACACAUUCCACUAUUUUAUGGAAACACAAAUCAUAUGUUACUGUUGUGAAUUUCACUACCCAAGCCAAAGCAUUUCUCAUACUGUACGUCAAGUAGAAGGAAAACUAUCCAUCGGACUGUUGUGAAGCAGAAUAUCAGCUCCACUAAAAAUAGUCCAGUAGAUAGUUUUAUUUGAUAUCUUACUAAGUGGGUGACUGAAAUGACUCUACUGCUCUUUUAUUGUAUUUUAUCUUCACAGUGCUUGAGACAAUAUUUCUCCAUGUAAACACACCAAAGUGCAUGCUCUAGACUUGACUGGAAAGUUAUUUUUCAUUGCAUCUAAGAUAAUGCUGUCAGUUCAUCUGAAUAAACAUACAUGUCAAUGC